AUGGACAACAAGGGCAAUUAUCCUCCUCCACCACCACAAAGUGCAAGCUAUCAACCUCCUCCACCACAGCAAGGAUAUUACCAGCCUCCUCCUCCUGGUGGUGGUCAACAAUAUUAUCAACCACAGCCACAACCCCAAGCAUUCUAUGUCCAACAACAACCACAACAAGAUCGAGGUGCUGGAGAAGGACUUUGCAUGGGAUGUCUCGCCGCAUGUUGUUUAUGUUGUACGCUAGAUGCCUUGUGUUAA